CUUUGCAUGUGCUGUGAGCUUCUCUACUCCCUCAACACUCAAAUAUGGCCUCCCCUGUCUCUUCAUUCCUUCCCGCCGCCAUUCUCUACCUCAUCCUCCUCUCUGCUCCGGCCACCGCUCAACAUGACUACCACGAUGCCCUUCGCAAAUGCAUUCUCUUCUUCGAAGGCCAGCGCUCCGGCAGGCUCCCCCCCGAUCAACGCCUCAGAUGGCGCCGAGACUCCGCCAUUCAUGACGGCGCCACUGUCGGAAGAGAUUUGAGCGGCGGGUACUACGACGCCGGAGACAACAUAAAGUUCGGAUUUCCGAUGGCAUUCACGACGACGCUGCUUUCGUGGAGCAUUAUAGACUUCGGCCGGAAUAUGGGACCGGAACUUGGGAAUGCACUAAAGGCGGUGAAAUGGGGGACGGACUAUUUACUAAAGGCAACGGCAGUUCCUGGCGUGGUAUUCGUCCAAGUGGGCGAUCCUUACUCCGAUCACAAUUGCUGGGAAAGACCCGAGGACAUGGAUACACUUCGUACUGUUUACAAAAUCGAUAGGUCCCACCCUGGGUCUGACGUGGCUGGCGAAACCGCCGCUGCCUUAGCCGCUGCUUCCAUUGUCUUCAGAUCACGUGACCCUUCUUAUUCCAGAUUGCUCCUCAAUCGAGCCGUUUCGGUAUUUGAGUUUGCUGACAGACACAGAGGAGCGUACAGCGGGAGUUUGAGAAAGGCGGUGUGUCCGUUUUACUGCGAUGUCAACGGUUAUCAGGAUGAGUUGCUUUGGGGAGCGGCGUGGUUGCACAAAGCAUCGAGAAGGCGCGAGUACAGAGAAUACAUAUUUAGGAACGAGGUGGUGCUUAGAGCUGGGGAUACUAUUAACGAGUUUGGUUGGGAUAACAAGCACGCGGGAAUUAACGUCCUCAUUUCCAAGGAAGUGUUGAUGGGUAGAGCUGAAUAUUUCUCAUCUUUUAGGCAAAAUGCUGAUGAGUUUAUUUGUUCAAUUUUGCCUGGAAUUUCUCAUCCUCAAGUUCAAUACUCUCCUGGUGGGUUGAUUUUCAAAGCUGGAGGAAGUAACAUGCAGCAUGUUACCUCGCUGUCUUUCCUAUUGCUGACUUAUUCCAAUUACCUUAGUCAUGCCAAUAGAAAUGUGCCAUGUGGAGGCUUUUCUGCAUCUCCGUCCAUGCUCCGACAACUCGCCAAACGUCAGGUGGACUAUAUUCUUGGCGAUAAUCCACUGCGGAUGUCAUACAUGGUUGGAUACGGUGCGCGCUACCCGUUAAGGAUCCAUCACCGAGCCAGUUCGUUACCGUCGGUUCAAGCCCACCCGGCUCGGAUUGGGUGCAAAGCCGGUUCGAGGUACUUCCUGAGUCCAAACCCGAACCCUAAUGUAUUGGUUGGUGCGGUAGUGGGUGGGCCCAAUGUGACGGAUGCGUUUCCGGAUUCGAGGCCGUUUUUUCAAGAGUCCGAGCCCACUACGUAUAUCAAUGCGCCUUUAGUGGGCCUGCUUGCGUACUUUUCGGCCCAUCGUUGAGUUUGGGGAGGCAAAAGAAGAAAAGAAAAGAAAAAGGAAAAGGAAAAGGAAAAGGAAAAGGAAAAGUUAGUCGUACGGGAGAUUGUAGUGUAGUGGUGCGCAAAGGUCACCCUACCAUUAUUUUCAAAGAUUUCUAAUAUCUUUCUUGAUUAAGCGAUUAAAAGAAAAAACGCUUUUAUUAUUAUUAUUAUUAUUGUAAUAUUACUUUGGUUAUAUUAUCUAUACUAUAUAUAUAAAAGCUUCUUCUAUGUGAACAAAUUUUU